UUGCUUGUUGGUCAUAUGUGAAUUCAAAUUUUGUUUGAAGUUUAUAGGUUAAGUUUGACCAGCGUGUGUCUUGAUUAUUAUCGAAUGAUCGUUGAAAAUAAUAUAAAUGGAAGUCGCAGAUCAAAAUCCAGAUUUAGUGAUAAACUUGCUGUGCCGUCACCGAGAGUUAGAGAAUGACAAUGACUUGCAUCGCGAGACUCUUAUCAAGAUUGAACAAAAUGUAAAACUGAAGGAACUGCAAAGUUUACACGACAGACAGCUCCAAAUCAAAGAGAAUAUUAAUAAAAAUUUAAAAAGUAUUGUUAUGCAGAAGCAUGGAUUGCAAAAAGUCAUUGAUGGCUCAAAAGACAAUGCACCUAAGUUGCCAGUUACGUACAAAUAUAAACAAGAAGCUAUCAACUUCGUAUCUGACGCCAUUAAUUUUGUCAACAAAUUUUCGGAAAUUCAAAAAUCUAUUGAGCCAGAAAAUGAAGUAGACGUAAACCAAAUCUAUAAGAAAAUUAACACAUAUGGUGAGUCUGUGAAUCAAGAAUUGAGCCGGUGUAAAAUUCGCGUUGAUCAAGUAGGAACAUUUAGGGAGAACACGGAGAUAAUAACAAACCACUGCCUUCUCCCUUGCGAUGAGGAUCCAGGCUUGUAGAUGAAGAAAGAUUGAAAGUGUGAUGCUGCAUAAUUACAUAAUUUUACAACAGUUUUUUAUACUUUUAUAACAACUUGGCCAACUGUAACAAAUGGAUAAUACAUGAUUAUAUCUUAUUGAAA